UAGUUGAUUAUUCUUCUGGUCUUCAUGUUUUGGAUUUGCAAAAUGAAAAAAAAGCAUUUGAUUUUAGUUAUGAGACAACAGAAAUUACCUCUGUUGCUGAAGAAAAAAAUUAUAAUGCUAGUUAUCUUUUUAUUCGCAAUCAAGAAGUAGAUCAGUUAUUAAUACCACUUUUACUAGAUUAUGUAGUAUUUAUUACUGCAG